UUUUAGCCCCAAAGGCAAAUGUUUUCAUAACAAUAGAAGAAGGUCAAAGUUUUAGUUGCCAUGGUAAUUUAGGUCAAACCACUGUGCUAUAUAUUUGCAAGACUAGGUUUCAGUUGUAUGGGGGCGCCACUAGUUUCAUAACUAGUAUGAAAGAAUGUUAGUUCCUUGUUUGACCACCAGAACAUUGUAAGUUUGUGGCCCUAAAUCGGCAAGUUCGUUUCCGCUUGCGCGCGCAUCGUCCUAUUGAACUUUUCCAUUUAGGAGCCUAAACAAAACUAUUCCGUCGAUGUCAAUUGUAUAGAAACAUAAUUAAUACUUAUUAAAUUAUUCACAAAUGGCCAAAUGUUGCACUAUCGAGCAUACCCCAAGACCUCAGCGUAGGCUACACGGUUUACAACUACCUUUACACUAUCAACAAGUUAUUGCAUGGAUCGUAUUUGUGGUCACUGCCAUAAUAAAUUUUACUAUUUUAGUAAAUAUCCAGUUUCAAGAGUUAAAAAUUAUUUCAUUGACAAUUUUUAUCAUAUUAUACGUAACCCACAUCGUGUCACACAGUGCCGCGUUACUAUUGGACCCGAGCGAAGAAGACCUGAAGAAACUUAAAGUGUAUAAUGUGCCAGAAUUCGAUCGAAGCAUCCACACUCACGUCAUCGAGAAUGGGAGGUGUCACCUGUGCAACAUUUACACGAGCAGCAAGAAAACAAAACACUGCAGCAUUUGCAACAAGUGCGUCGACCGCUUUGACCACCACUGCAAAUGGUUGAACAACUGUGUCGGCCAGAGGAACUAUGCGGCCUUCAUCACUGCCGCUGCCACCGCAUUACUCAUAUCCAUGUUCACGUCGUGUUUGUGCCUUACAGACAUUAUUCUAUUCCUGUCGUACCCACAAAAGUUAAGCGUAUCCGCACAGCAAUUUAUUAACUGCUCGAUCUACGAGGCGACCAGUUACAAUAAGUAUUGUAGGAACUCUAUAUGUUUUUUAGUGUUUCUUAUUGUACUUUGUGUAAGUGCCUUUGCAAUAGCAUGUGCCUUGUUGCAUCUGUGUUGUUUUCAUGUUUAUAUAUGGAUUUUAGGUGUAUCUACAUACGAAUACAUUGUUAAAAGUGGAACACCCGAUGCUCCAAGAAUACAAUGUAUCCCUAACGGGUGCUGUUGCAGAAAGAGAUGUACAAAGAAAUUGUAUCAAAUAAAAAAGAAUCACGAUACUGAGACAGGUUCGGAAGAUCCAGGAAAAACCGAAAAUAGCGAAGCAAAUGUCAGCAACCUGAUUGGUAUAUUAAUUAAUCAUGAAUUGGAUAAAGCUAAAAAGCUGUUCCUGUAUGACAAAAAUAAGAUACAUCCUGAAAAUGAUAUUGCGGAACGGUAAAAGAGUUUGGGGUGGUGGGUUGAAAACACUGCA